AUGUCAAGACCAGGAGAAAGACCGAAUCAAGCGCAGACAUAUAAAUUAGUGGUAGUAGGCGGUGGUGGAGUCGGGAAAAGUGCAAUCACAAUACAAUUUAUUCAGAGUUAUUUUGUGACUGAUUAUGACCCUACUAUUGAGGACAGUUAUACAAAGCAAUGUGUCAUUGAUGACAUUCCGGCUAAAUUGGACAUUUUGGAUACUGCUGGUCAAGAAGAAUUCAGUGCGAUGAGAGAGCAGUACAUGAGGUCAGGAGAAGGCUUCCUGCUGGUGUUCUCGGUGGCGGACCACGCCAGUUUUGAUGAGCUCUACAAAUUCCACAAACAGAUCCUCCGAGUCAAGGACAGAGAUGAGUUUCCCAUGUUAAUGGUUGGGAACAAAGCUGAUCUGGAGAUGCAAAGAGUGGUGUCACUCGAUGAGGCGCAGGCACUCUCGAGACAGUUAAAGGUGCCGUACAUAGAGUGCAGUGCGAAGGCGCGAAUGAAUGUUGAUCAGGCUUUCCACGAGUUAGUCCGGUUGGUUCGCCGAUUCCAAGAGGCAGAGAGAAUACACGUCAAGUCCGAGUACAGGAGCGGCAAGAAGAAAACUUGCGCCAUCUUGUAA